GACAUACGUCACCGGAAGUGUGUCGCCACAGACGACGGACCCUUCUCGCCGCGACACACACUGCGUAGUGUCGCUCAUCUGUGUGUUUCUAUUUUAUUACACUCACGGAGAGACAAGAACACUGAAGAAUCAUGGCUAUGCAAGCAGCGAAACGCGCUAAUAUCCGACUGCCGCCGGAGGUGAACAGGAUUCUUUACAUCAGGAACCUUCCCUAUAAGAUCACAGCGGAGGAAAUGUACGACAUCUUCGGGAAAUAUGGACCAAUACGUCAGAUCAGAACAGGAAACACGCCUGAGUCAAGAGGAACAGCUUAUGUGGUUUAUGAAGAUAUUUUUGAUGCCAAAAAUGCCUGCGAUCAUCUUUCAGGCUUCAAUGUCUGCAACCGUUACCUGGUGGUCCUCUACUAUAACGCAAACAGGGCGUUCCAGAAAAUGGACACAAAGAAGAAAGAAGAACAGCUGAGGCUGCUCAAAGAAAAAUACGGGAUCAACACAGAUCCUCCAAAGUAACACCAUCUGUUCUUUGUUGUUUUGUUCUGAUGUCUCUGAAAACUAUUCUUUUGAUUUCCUUUGCUAAAUUAUGAGGACUCUGUGUCAUUCAAAUAAAAUAAGUGCAAAUGUCAUAAUUUAUGUACAGAAAGACACUUUUCCCACAAUUCUGUUUGUUUAAUUUGCUACUUUGGUUUUGCAACAUUAAUCCUGUUUUUUUUUUCUACAGUCUUUCAAAUUUAAAAAGCUUUUUACCUGAAUACUCUUGUACUUUAAAUAAAUUUCCUAACUGAA